AUUUUUAAUAUAUGAUGAAUUUAACACUUUGACUACUACGCAUGCUGAUGAUACAUGACUCAACAGAAACUGGUACACUUUUUUCUCAAAAAAAUAUAUUUUGAUAUAUUUAAGUAUACAAACAGAAUGAAAACAACAAGUUUUUCCACAAAAAAAUAUUUUUUUGACUGUGUCCGGUGCCAGCAUCGAAUUCACUAUCGGUACUUUCUGAUGAACUGAAAUUCUCGAAGUCUGGAUCACCCACUGAGUCAUCGACGUCCGAUUCGUAUUCACAAUCGCUCAUAUUAUUAAUUAUUCC